UCGAUCAAAGCGCCAUCACUCAGAGUCGCGUCAUGGUCGUAAACAAACUUACUGCUGUAAACUGUAGUGUUUAUACAUAAUACCACGCUUUCUAGAUUUUGUGAGCUUUCGAGCUUUUUAAACCGCAAAAUGAGGGUCCGCAUAAGAUAUGGAACGAUUACAAAGCCGCUCGUUGUCGACCAGCCGCAGUCUGUGACAGUUGCUUCUCUGAGAGGUCUUGUCAAUGAUCUCCUUCAACAUGAAUUUAACGACGUCUCACUGGCACACGAAAAAUUUGACCUCAGCUUGAAUGGCAUCGAUCCUAUAUGUGAGGAUGAGACAAUGCUUCUCGGAGAUCUGGGUAUCAUAUCCGGUGACUUAAUAAAAAUAUUGCCAUCUGAGUCUGAACAGAAAUGUGAAAAUCUUGGAAUCGGCAUAGUGGAGCAUCAUCUACCUUCAAUGUCUGAUGUAGAUAUGGUGCCAGAGGAAUGUAAAAGUGAGACUCACGCGGAAUAUAAUGUUGCCAGCAAAACAGAGGCGCAAGGAACAAACGAGUGCAGUUGUACACAGGUUGAGUGCCAAUCAUCUGAUUCAGAUAUGCCGUGCGGAGGGAGCACAGCCGUAUUGGAGAAACAGAUAGAUGAACAAACUUUAAUCGAAAAUGAGCAGAUUGUCAAUCGUUAUCUCAGAGAACCAAUGUUGGUGCGAGAUUCUUAUGGAAAUGUGAUUCCCCACAGCCUGCAGAUGUUGCUAUCGUCGGAAGACGUAGAGACAGUGACAGAUGCAGUGUGCAUUGUGGUUCAUCAGUUGAUGUUGGAGUCUGGAUUCUUCGUAAAGAAUUGUAGCAACCACCAUAUGCCAGAAGAUUGGAAAAAUAGGAGCUCCAGUUACAAGAUCAAUUAUCAACAUCCAGAUACAAAUCAGCUCAUCUGCACUCUUCUCAUUGUUCCUCUUAAUCCACGUAUUAUGGUGAUGCAUGGAAUGGUUCAACCAAGUAUCCAUUACUGCACGUUGAAAGUGGAUAUUAAUAGCUUUGUGGACUCGCAGGCGGAUAGUAUUGGUAGCAGACAUGUAGGCUACAAGAAAUUGUCAAAAUUGUCACAGAUGGUGAAAGAUAUUUUGGCAUACCCUCUGCUCAUUGCCAUGCAGCAAGAAGAAGGAGUGUCAAUCAAAAGUGGCCUUCUCGGUCUUGUGCCGGAAAUAAAGUUGCUCGUCCUAAGUUACUUGGACUCGUCUAGCCUACUCAAAGCAUCUGAGGUUAGCCAAGAGCUCUACAGUCUGUCGAGAGAACAGGUUCUGUGGAAGCGACUGUAUAUGCGGGAGUUCGGGAGACGACAUCGGGUGGAGCCCGGCAGCCAUGACUGGUUGAAGGUACACAAGUCAGUUUUUUUCCCUACUCAGUUGUAUAAAGACGAAUACAUUCAGAGGAGGGAAGAAAGGAAAGCAAAACACAAGCGUUCCUCCUGCUACUUGCACAGUCGUCCGAGACACCCUUGCUUGCCACCGUAUCCUGUCGGCCCUUCGUUUCCUUUCCCAAGAAUCAUCGGCGGUGACUAUGACAUCCAUCCAUUUAUCCCUGGACUGUUUCCAAAUAGUGGUGUGGAAGAUGGGAUGACUAGUUUUCCAAUGCUCGGCCAUCCUCUAAACCGGACAACACGUGGGUCUCGCAGAGUCAUGCCAAGGUUUCUGUGACGGGUAGAGCAGCGCUCGUGCUGUAGACUCUACCAUUUCACUGCUCUGGCGGAGUUCAUAUUGGCUGUAUUAUAUUUUAAACACUGGGAAAAUUGACAUUUCAAUGCUGAGCUUUAUUUACAUAUAAUGUCGUUAUGCUGCUAAGUUCACAAGUACAAGAUCAUUAGUACCGUACAUUUCAAUAACUGCAAGUAUUUUUUAUCACGUAGUUACAGGCAAAAGCAUGUAAAAUACUCUAUUUCAUUGUAAAAAAAAACUAAUUAUACAAAUACUUGCAUCAAUUAUGUGUCACGUUUAUCAUUUGUAUAUAAAAUGACAAUUUUUCGCAAAUCUA